UAGUGGAGGUCUGGUGGAGGUCUAGUGGAGGUCUAGUGGAGGUCUGACGGAGGUCUGGUGGAGGUCUAGUGGAGGUCUGGUGGAGGUCUAGUGGAGGUCUAGUGGAGGUCUAGUGGAGGUCUAGUGGAGGUCUGACGGAGGUCUAGUGGAGGUCUGGUGGAGGUCUAGUGGAGGUCUGACGGAGGUCUAGUGGAGGUCUAGUGGAGGUCUGACGGAGGUCUAGUGGAGGUCUGGUGGAGGUCUAGUGGAGGUCUAGUGGAGGUCUAGUGGAGGUCUGGUGGAGGUCUAGUGGAGGUCUGACGGAGGUCUAGUGGAGGUCUGACGGAGGUCUGGUGGAGGUCUGGUGGAGGUCUAGUGGAGGUCUAGUGGAGGUCUAGUGGAGGUCUGGAGGUCUAGUGGAGGUCUGACGGAGGUCUAGUGGAGGUCUGGUGGAGGUCUAGUGGAGGUCUAGUGGAGGUCUAGUGGAGGUCUGGUGGAGGUCUAGUGGAGGUCUAGUGGAGGUCUGACGGAGGUCUAGUGGAGGUCUAUUGGAGGUCUAGUGGAGGUCUGACGGAGGUCUGGUGGAGGUCUAGUGGAGGUCUGGUGGAGGUCUGGUGGAGGUCUAGUGGAGGUCUAGUGGAGGUCUGACGGAGGUCUAGUGGAGGUCUAUUGGAGGUCUAGUGGAGGUCUGACGGAGGUCUGGUGGAGGUCUAGUGGAGGUCUGACGGAGGUCUGGUGGAGGUCUAGUGGAGGUCUGACGGAGGUCUAGUGGAGGUCUGACGGAGGUCUGGUGGAGGUCUAGUGGAGGUCUGACGGAGGUCUGGUGGAGGUCUAGUGGAGGUCUGACGGAGGUCUGGUGGAGGUCUAGUGGAGGUCUGACGGAGGUCUAGUGGAGGUCUGACUCACCCUGAUCGUGAUCGGUUGGUGGUGUAGAUUCAGGUUCCUGAAGAGUCCGAUUCUCCUCUAGGAGUCGCCUCUGGAUCUCAUUGGUUGUCUGGAAUCUGGCUACGUCUGCUGCCUCCACCUGUCCAGCACCAGGUCCUCUUGCCUCCACCUGUCCAGCACCAGGUCCUCUUGGCUCCACCUGUCCAGCACCAGGUCCUCUUGCCUCCACCUGUCCAGCACCAGGUCCUCUUGCCUCCACCUGUCCAGCACCAGGUCCUCUUGCCUCCACCUGUCCAGCACCAGGUCCUCUUGGCUCCACCUGUCCAGCACCAGGUCCUCUUGCCUCCACCUGUCCAGCACCAGGUCCUCUUGCCUCCACCUGUCCAGCACCAGGUCCUCUUGCCUCCACCUGUCCAGCACCAGGUCCUCUUGGCUCCACCUGUCCAGCACCAGGUCCUCUUGCCUCCACCUGUCCAGCACCAGGUCCUCUUGGCUCCACCUGUCCAGCACCAGGUCCUCUUGCCUCCACCUGUCCAGCACCAGGUCCUCUUGGCUCCACCUGUCCAGCACCAGGUCCUCUUGCCUCCACCUGUCCCCCGCCUGAGGUCUGCCAUGAGGCGCUGGUUCCUGUCGGUGGUUCUGCUGCAGCUGGUCCGGACCUCUUUGGGCCAGUUCCCUCGGCCGUGUGCUAACCGGGACGGCCUCCGGACCAAGGAGUGCUGCCCGGCGUGGGCCGGCGACGGCUCGGCGUGCGGCGCCCUGUCGGGCCGCGGGUUCUGCGCCCAGGUGGAGGUCUCGGAGGAGCCCCACGGGCCGCAGUACCCUCACAGCGGCAUCGACGACCGGGAGCGCUGGCCGCUGGCGUUCUUCAACCGGACGUGCCGCUGCGCCGGGAACUACGGCGGCUUCGGCUGCGGCGAGUGCCGGUUCGGCUACCGGGGCGCGAACUGCGGCGAGUACCGGGAGUCGGUGCGGCGCAACGUCCUGAGCAUGUCGGCCGCGGAGCAGCGGAAGUUCACCUCCUACCUGAACCUGGCGAAGAACACGGUGAGCCGAGACUACGUGAUCGCCACGGCGACGAGAGCCGAGAUGGGCGCCGACGGGGAGAACCCGAUGUUCUCCGACAUCAACACCUACGACCUGUUCGUGUGGAUGCACUACUACGUGUCGCGGGACGCCUUCCUGGGCGGGCCGGGCAACGUGUGGCGGGACAUCGACUUCGCCCACGAGUCGGCGGCGUUCCUGCCGUGGCACCGGAUCUACCUGCUGCACUGGGAGAACGAGAUCCGGAAGCUGACGGGGGAUCUGAGCUUCACCAUCCCGUACUGGGACUGGAGGGACGCCGAGGCCUGCGAGGUGUGCACCGACGCCCUGAUGGGGGGCCGCAGCCCAAUGGACCCCAACCUGCUAAGCCCCGCCUCCGUCUUCUCCUCCUGGAAGGUGAUCUGCACCCAGCCAGAGGAGUACAACAGUCGAGAGGCGUUAUGUAACGGCACCGGGGAGGGUCCGCUGUUACGUAACCCUGGCAACCACGACACCAACCGGACCCAGAGGCUCCCGACGACGGCCGACGUGGACUUCACCGUCGGCCUCAGCGAGUACGAGACGGGGCCCAUGGACCGGUCCGCCAACAUGAGCUUCAGGAACGUCAUCGAGGGUUUUGCGAGCCCCUCGUCGGGCGUGGCGAUGUCGGGCCGGAGCACGAUGCACAACGGCCUCCACGUGUUCAUGAACGGCUCCAUGUCCAACGUGCAGGGCUCCGCCAACGACCCCAUCUUCCUGCUGCACCACGCCUUCAUCGACAGUAUCUUUGAGCGCUGGCUCAGAGCCCACCAGCCCGCCCGGACCACUUACCCACGAGCCAACGCUCCCAUUGGCCACAACGACGGGUACUACAUGGUGCCCUUCCUGCCCCUCUUCAGGAACGGAGACUACUUCCUGUCCAACAAGGCCCUGGGCUUCGAGUACUCCUACCUGUUGGACCCUGGCCAGAGGUUCCUGCAGGAGUUCCUGACCCCUUACCUGGAGCAGGCCCAGCUCAUCUGGCCGUGGCUGCUGGGCGCCGCCGUCCUCGGGGCCGCGGUCGCCGCCCUCUUCGCAGCGCUGGUGAUUGUCGGAAGGAGGAAGUGGAAGUGCAGCCAGAGGAAGACGAGGAGACCGAGCUACAGGGAGAGGCAGCCGUUACUGCAGAGCAGCUCCGAGGAAGGCUCGUCUUCAUACCAGACCACGCUGUGACCUUC